CGAUCGUUUUGGUCAACAAAUGCAUGUUAAAAUAACAGAACCCUAAUAAGAUCCAGUGGCAUUCGUGUAGUUUAAGCCACAGCUGAGGUUUUUUAUACUGCCUCCUGCUCCAGAUCUCCACUACAUAGUACAUACCGACACCGCUGUCUCUCUCUCUGCCUGCCUUUCUCUCACCCCAAUAAGCUCCACAUCUUCCGCCCAAAUCUCCCUAUCCCUCUCUCUCACUCUCUCAGAAGCAGGCAAAAUGCAGCUCCGGCCGGUCGUCGCCGGAAUAGUAGUGGUCUCACUCCUGGGCUUGCUCUCAUGUAGCGGCACGGAAGCGCACAAUAUCACGCGCAUAUUGGCCAAGUUCCCCGAGUUUUCUACUUUCAGCCACUACCUCACGGUCACUCACCUCGCCUCCGAGAUUAACAGCCGGCAGACGAUCACCGUCUGCGCCGUCGACAAUGCUGGCAUGUCAGAUCUGCUCUCGAAGCACUUCUCCAUCUACGCCAUCAAAAACGUCCUGUCAUUUCACGUGCUCUUGGACUACUUCGGUGCCAAGAAGCUUCACCAGAUCAGGGACGGCACGGCUUUGGCCGCCACUAUGUUCCAGGCCACCGGCUCGGCUCCCGGGUCCUCUGGCUUCGUGAACAUCACGGAUCUGAAAGGAGGUAAGGUCGGCUUUGGCGCUGAGGCCAGCGGCGGCAAGGUCGCCGCCACGUUCGUUAAGUCGGUUCAGGAGGUUCCGUACAACAUCUCCGUCAUCCAGAUUAGCAAUGUCUUGCCGUCGCCCGAGGCCGAGGCUCCGACUCCCGCCCCGAGCCAGGUGAAUCUGACGGCUGUGAUGGCAGCUCACGGCUGUAAAGUGUUCGCCGAGACUUUGAUAGCCUCUCCUGCUGAGAAGACGUAUAUGGACAAUCUCGACGGCGGAUUGACGGUGUUCUGCCCCGGCGACGACGCGUUCAAGAACUUCUUGCCAAAGUACAAGAACUUGUCUGCGGAAGGCAAGCAGUCGUUGCUGGAGUUCCAUGGCGUUCCGACGUACAACUCAAUUCCGAUGCUCAAGUCCGGGAAUGGAAUUAUGAACACUCUGGCCACCGACGGAGCGAGCAAGUUCGAUUUCACAGUGCAGAACGAUGGCGAGGAAGUGACUUUGAAGACGAAGAUCGUGACGGCGAAGAUCACGGGGACGAUAAUCGACAAGCAGCCUGUGGCGGUUUACACUCUCGACAAAGUACUUUUGCCUAAGGAGCUUUUCAAGGGUUCUCUGGCUCCAACUCCGGCGCCGGCGCCGGCGCCCGAGGCUGAUUCGCCGACGCCGUCGAAGGCGAAGGGCAAGGGGAAGCACUCGUCGCCUCCGGCGUCGGAUUCGGAGUCGCCGGCGGACUCCCCAGACGGAGAUCCUGCGGAUCAAGCGGCAGAUAGUAACGGUGCCGUUACAUUUAACGGUGCUAGAUCUGUGGCAGUGGCCGUGGCCGUGGCUUUGGUUCUGUGUUUGGCCUUCCUACAGUCGUCGUAAGUUAUAAUAAUAAAUUGCCCGCUUUUAUUUUUAUUUU